AUGCUGUUCGGUCUGGCGUUGCUUGCAUUGGCGCUGAGCGGUUGCCUAGCCAAGGUGACGUUUGUUGAGAGCCGCCACUGUGCUGUUCGAGGCAACCAAGCGCAUGAUGCCGCUCGUGGAGUUCUUAAGCUGAUGGUGGAGCUCCCGCUGCCGUUUGCGGUUCUCGUUCUGCCAGGAGCUGUAGCAUUGGCAACUGGUUCAAUAUUCUCAGAUCACAUCUGUGGUCGCAAACAAGGCACGAAGCGCUUUCAUGAUGACGAUGAAGAAGAACAGACAUGGAUGGCUUUAUACGGCGAUGUUUUCAGGCCACCUCUGUUUGGCAGUGCGCUUGGCCUUAUGGUUGGUGCAGGGGUCAGCACGAUGCUGACAGAACUGGCCGAAGGACUCUACGGUCAUAGCUUCUUUUCAGAUUGUUUGGCAGUGGCCUGUGCUACUUUCUGCUUGGGAAGGUUGCAUGGAGCUCUUGGGACAAGCCGUCAUGCCGCCUACGUGGCGAGCAUUCUUGUGGUCCUUUUGCAGAUUGCAGUGUAUCUUGACGAGCUUCGGGCUUUGCGGACGAAACUGCGCGUGACGUGGUUCGUCGCGCUGCACGGGUUCGCCUUCGUGGGUGUUCACGCAGGCUGCCAGUUCAGUGCUCUGCGGCAACACGGGUUCUUCACCGGAUUCAAGAAGAUUCAUCGAGAGAUACCACACUCUCCAAUUUCUCAGCUGGCGCCUCUUUUUGGAGAGGCAGCCCUGAUGGUGUGGAUUGGCAUGGCCAGCUACUCGGGGCGAGCCUCUGCCACAGCCAUCAAGUCACAAAAUGCUCCUCCCAGAAACGAGCUGGGGUCAAAAGGGAUGCUGAAUCGCCGCGAGCGGCGCGAGAGUUGGCACAGCAGGUCUCUGGAUGGCCAUGCGCAGAAGGAGCCACGGCGGUCGGCUGGACCAGCUGGGCAGGAUGCCCCUUCUGCAACUGUCAUCGGUGGCAAUGCCUCCAACGAGUCGUUGUCCUUGGCAUCGCUGCUGUGCAAGCUUGGAGUUGCCCUUCACGCGGUGCACGGUUUCAACUGCCAACAAGCCGUGGACGAGCUCUCAUCGUUGCCAAAGAGGCACUAUGAGACUGGAUACGUGUUGGAUUUGGUGGGGUUAAGUCAUUUUGAGUCAGCGGACUACAAGAAGUCCGAGCUGGCAUACAACCAGGCUUGGAGAGUAGAGCCGCAUCGAGUUGAAGGACUUGAGUACUACUCCUCUGCCUUGUGGCACCUUCGCAGAGAUGUGGAGUUGUGUAGACUGGCGCAACAAUGCUUACAGUGGGACCGCCUGAGACCUCAAGUCUGGUGCGUGGUCGGAAACUGCUUCAGUUUGCAGAAAGAGCACGAUGCCGCCAUCAAGCUGUUUAAGCGUGCCAUCCAGGUCGACGCCAACUUCACAUAUGCGUACACGUUGUGCGGCCAUGAAUUCGUGGCCAGCGAGAAAAUAGACAAGGCCGUUGCGAUGUACGAGAACGCCUUGAACCUCGACCCCCGGCACUACAAUGCCUGGUGGGGUCUCGGCAACAUCUACCAUCGCCAAGAGGAGCAUGAGAAUGCCAAGUACCACUUCUACAAGGCCCUUCAAGUGAAUGCGAGCAACUCUGUCCUUAGAUGCUACCUGGGCAUGGUGCUAAGCGCGUUAAAACAGCCGCUGCUGGCCCUUGACAGCUUUGACCAGGCAGCUCAGGCAGAGCCACAAAAUGGCAUGGCGUACUUCCAGAAAGCAUGCGUCCUCAUAAGCUUGGAUAGACACGAAGAAGCCCUUGCUGACCUGAAGAAGGUGCGCUGCUUGGCUCCCAAGGAGGCAUGCGUGCACUUCCAGCUAGGUAAGGUCUACAUGAAGCUGCAGAAGGACAGGAAAGCUCUGUACCAUUUCAACAUCGCCAUGGACCUGAAUCGAGACUCCAAGGACUACCACACCAUCAAAACGCACAUUGAGAAGCUUCACAUCCGCGGCAUCAGCGAGGAUUCCACGGGCGAAGCAUCAGCCGGUGCGGGUGCUCAAAGGAUCAUGAGCGCCGCCCCACCAGUUCUGGUGACUGGCGGUCUUUCCUCACCCGUGGCUGCACAGCAGCUGUACGGUCUGAGCCCUGGCUCCCGCCCGGGCUCAGAGGCGCCACAGACACCAGCCGUGCGAGGUGUUGCAGGCGGCUUUUGGAGCGCGAGCGCGAGUGGCAGCGGAGGUCCCCCCGAACGCGUUCGAGCCUAUCCCGUCACAGCCCAACGUGGUCGUGGCAGCCCUUUGUCUUGGGGAGGCAGCCCGGGCAAUGGCCUUCAAGGCUCCAGUGGAUUUCGCAUCUGA